GACCAAUCAAAACAAUUCACUCCUCUCUAUAUAAAAAAAGGCCAAAUUCGUUCAUCAACACUGCGGGAAAUCACUCAGUGUUUGAUUAAUUGAAUUCAAAAGAUGAGUAGUGCAACAGGAGCAGUUAAAUUGGGUGGAGGUGGAGGUCGAGGAAAGGCUAAAGGUUUAAAGAAAGCAGUUUCCAGAUCUGUAAAGGCAGGCCUCCAAUUCCCAGUUGGACGUAUAGCUCGCUAUCUGAAAAAGGGUCGUUACGCUCAGCGUCUUGGAUCUGGUUCACCUAUCUAUCUCGCUGCUGUUCUCGAAUAUCUUGCUGCUGAGGUGCUAGAGCUUGCUGGAAAUGCUGCGAGAGAUAACAAGAAGAAUCGGAUUAUUCCAAGGCAUAUACAACUUGCUGUGAGGAAUGAUACGGAACUUAGCAAGCUGUUGGGGUCGGUGACUAUUGCUAGUGGUGGAGUUCUUCCCAACAUUCACUCUAGUUUGCUGUCCAAGAAGAAUGGAAAGGGGAAGAUUGAACCUGGAUCUCAAUCUCAGGAAUUCUAAAUUUGGGGUUAAAUUAGUGGUUGAGUAGGAAGUCAGAUUUAACUAGGGGGUUCUGUGAAUUGGCUGAAUAUGUCAUUUUGUGCACCUGUUUUGGAUAUGGUUUGUAGCCAUUUAUGUGAAUGACAAGUUUGUUUUGCGCAAUAACGAUUUAGUCUUUGGGAUACUGUGUUAAUUGGCUAUCUGUUGUACAUGUUAUAAUUAGGCAGUAUGAGUCGUGAUUGAUCUGUGAAAGUUUGUUUAAUCUUGUCUUCUUAGUCACUUUGUUGCUUUAAAGAUCCUCUUUGAUUCAGUGUUUA